UUUUGAGUUUCCGAAAAUAAAGACCUUAAUUUUGGGGAUGAAGGGGUAUUAAUUUUCUGAAGAAAAACUGGUUGAAAGCGCUGCACACUCCCCUCCUCCCUUCCUGCCUGUGCGACGACGCUGCAGCAGGGCGAGCAGGUCCUUGCCGGCGGCCAAGAUAUUAGGAUGGACGAAGUCACACAAGCCGUUGAAAACCUGAAGAAGGAAUGGAGCCAGGCAGUUGCGCAGCUUGAGGUGUGCGUCGCUGCAAUUGAAUCGUGUGGGAAGAUGGGAAAAGGGACAGAAGAAGCAAGUUCUCUCCCCAGGCUGAACGGUUCUGCGCAGGAUUCACUGCAGCAGCUAAACGCGCUGCAGUUCAGGCUUGAUCUUCUGGUAGAGCAGCUACCCACUUUUGAAGAAGUGCAGUCUGGUAGGGCAACCUUAGGGUCAUGGAAGGAAGAGUUUCAGAAGUUGCUUUCGAAUCUGAGGAAUGCUAACUUACAAGCAAAAUCAAACAUUAAAAAAGCUGCUCAAGUAGAGAGGGAGCUUCUUCUGGGAGGUGGAGAAGAGUCUACCAUCCGGAGGCGCAAUCUACAGACAAAAGCUGGGAUGACAUCUGCUGCAGAAAGUAUCACUGAAAGCCUUCGUCGGUCUCGGCAGUUGAUGGUUCAGGAAGUGGAAAGAAGUGCAAAUACCUUGUCAACUUUUGAUGAAUCAACAAGUGUUCUCCGGAAGGCUGAAGGCGAAUAUCAAGGGCACCGCUCUUUGCUAAUGCGUACCCGUGGUUUACUCUCCACAAUGCAACGACAAGAUGUUCUUGAUAGGAUCAUCCUGAUGAUUGGGUUCCUCAUUUUCUCCUUGGCGGUUCUUUAUAUUGUCUGGAGACGUAUUGGGCUGUUGGCACUGCAACGGAAGCUGGCUGAUGCCAUCAGAUCAGGCUCAAUAUCAACCGAAGAUGUUGUAGCUAAAGUGCAGCAUGGACGUGCCCCAGCGAAUCCUCUGACCGCUCCUCCGAUUUAUGAUGAACUGUGAUUAACUUCCACGAUAACUUGUACAUCUCGAUAUAGGAGCAAAGUUUACCAUCAGCGUCAAUUCUGCAUGCUAACCUUCGAGAAUUCCUAAUUGGUGCCGGUUGUCUCCACUAACAUUUGUCCAAAGAAGUUAUAUGUUGGUUUACCUGUGUGUUUACUGUAUGUAUAUUGCUUCCAUCUGAAACAUGGAAGUCAAACCUGUACGGCGGAGAUGCAUUUGUUAAUCUCUAGCAUAUAAUCAAGUUGCCGCCA